UUGGAAUGGGAGAGGGAAAAAAUUUUUAUCUAGCGCUUUUCUCUUUAAUAAGGCUUUUUGUUCAUUUAUUCGGGCUUACUUAUAUUUCUUUAUUUGGGCAUUUUUUAAUUUGGGCUUUCUUAAUUUUUCUCGUUAUCUGGGCUUUUUAUCAUUUAUUUUCUUAACAUUUGGGCUUCAAAUUUAUUUUCUUAAUAUAUGGGCUUUCUAUAAU